ACAGAGUCCAGGAGGAAUUCCUGGAGCUGCUGGAGCUCCUGGUGUCCUGCGCUCGCACCUACGUCUCCUCGCUGGCUGCCAUGGAGGAGUUCCACCUCAGCCUCUCACAGUGCGUGGUGCUGCGCUACCACUGGAUCGACCCCUUCGUCCGCUCCCUCAAGGAGCGCCUGGCCGCCUUCCACAGGUUCUUCUGUGUGGCUGACCAAGUGAAGGUUUACACCAACCAGAACAAAACUAGGACCUUUAUUGGAUUGGAGGUCUCAGCUGGGCAUUUCCAGCUGCUGGAGCUGGUCUCAGAGGUGGACAGAGUUCUAGAGGAAUUUGACCUUCCCACAUUCUACAAGGACCCGUCGUUCCAUAUCAGCUUGGCCUGGUGCGUUGGGGACCUGUCUGGCAGACUGGAAGGGCAGUGUCUGCGGGAGCUCCAGGACAUCGUGGACGGGUUUGAGGACUCGCCACUCCUGCUGCGUGUCCAAUGGGAGCAAAUCCGCUGCAAGUCGGGGAAUAAGUACUUCUCUUUCCCCUUGAGGUAG